CGACGUUUGAACUGAAACUUGAGAGAGAGAGAACCGCUUCUCUUUUGGGCGGGAAAGCGCGACCUUCCAGAAGCUUCGUCUCAGCCCAGUGCGGGGGGAGGGGGUUUGGCGCUCACCAUGCGUGAAUGUGUAUCUGUCCAUAUUGGCCAGGCUGGUGUCCAGAUAGGCAACGCCUGCUGGGAGCUGUACUGUUUAGAGCAUGGCAUCCAGCCUGAUGGGUUUAUGCCCAGGGACUGGACGUAUGGAAAUGCCGAUGAUUCCUACAACACCUUCUUUGAGGAGACUGGAGGUGGAAAGCUUGUCCCGCGAGCUUUGUUUGUGGACUUAGAGCCAACUGUGAUCGAUGAGGUCCGUACCGGUACCUACCGCCAGCUGUUCCACCCCGAGCAGCUCAUCACUGGCAAGGAAGAUGCCGCCAACAACUAUGCCCGUGGGCACUACACCAUUGGUAGAGAAAUCAUUGACCUGGUUCUGGACAGGAUCCGUAAACUGGUGGACCAAUGUACAGGCCUGCAGGGCUUUCUGGUUUUUCACAGCUUUGGUGGGGGCACUGGGUCUGGUUUCACUGCGCUGCUGAUGCAGUGUCUCUCUGUUGACUACGGUAAGAAGACCAAAUUUGAAUUUAUCAUCUACCCAGCUCCGCAGAUAUCUACAGCCAUGGUGGAACCCUACAACUCCAUCCUGACCACCCACACCACUCUCGAGCACUCAGACUGUGCGUUUAUUGCAGACAACGAGGCUCUCUAUGAUAUCUGCCGCCGAAACUUGGACAUCGAACGGCCAACCUACACCAACCUGAACCGGCUGCUUGCUCAAAUUGUCUCCUGUAUCACAGUCUCUCUUCGCUUCGAAGGUGCCUUGAAUGUCGAUCUGCUUGAGUUCCAGACCAACUUGGUUCCGUACCCACGUAUCCACUUCCCCCUGAUUAGUUAUGCACCAGUGAUCUCUGCUGAGAAAGCUUAUCACGAACAAUUAACUGUAGCUCAGCUUACCAACUCCUGCUUUGAGCCAGCCAACCAGAUGAUCAAGUGUGACCCUCGCCGCGGUAAAUACAUGUCGUGUUGCCUGCUCUACCGAGGUGACGUGGUGCCAAAAGACGUCAAUGCCGCUAUUGCCACCAUCAAGACCAAACGUUCCAUUCAGUUUGUGGACUGGUGCCCAACUGGGUUCAAGGUUGGCAUCAACUACCAGCCUCCCACUGUGGUGCCCGGUGGUGACCUGGCCAAGGUGCUACGUGCUUGCUGUAUGCUGAGUAACUCAACAGCUAUCCGGGAAGCCUGGGCUCGGCUCAAUUACAAAUUUGACCUAAUGUUUGCCAAGCGUGCCUUCGUGCACUGGUAUGUGGGUGAGGGGAUGGAUGAAGGGGAAUUUCCUGAGGCGCGUGCUGAUUUGGGGGCGUUGGAAAGGGACUAUGAAGAAGUGGGUAUGGACUCCGUUGCAUAUGGCCAAGUUGAGUAUUAGAAUGCACCAAACCAAGGGGUAAAGUUUGCAUUUUUUUUAAUGUUACUUAAAUUAAUUUAUAUCAAUGCAAACAACCACUUUCUGUGGAGAAAAAUCAGCACUCGUCAGGCUAAGAUCCGCGGUAUUGGUAAAAAGCAGUACCAGAGAGAUUGGAGUUUUCAUCAUUGCUCAGCAGGUUAACGUUUAGAAAAUAAAUAUUAAACAAAAAUAACUAAUUAAAUAAAUAAUAAUA